AACCGGUGACAUGAAAGCUAGCGUCCAGGUGUUUGCUCCAUUGCAAAAUGACUUGAUAUUACGUGCUGCUCGUGGGGAAAAGACAGAAAGAGUUCCAGUAUGGAUUAUGAGACAAGCUGGUCGUUAUCUACCAGAAUACAAAAAAGCAAAAGGAGAUAAACCAUUCUUUGCAACAUGUCGAGAUCCUGAAUUAGUCAGUGAAUUAACUCUGCAGCCAAUAAGAAGAUAUCCCUUAGAUGCUGCUAUAAUAUUUUCAGAUAUUCUAGUCAUUCCUAUUGCACUUGGAUUAACUGUUGCAAAUGAUCCAGGACAAGGCCCAGUUUUUGCAGAUCCAGUUUUGGAACCAAGUGAUGUAGAUAGAUUAAACCCUGAUCCUGAUAUGACCAAAGAACUUGGUUACGUUUAUGAGGCCAUCACAUUAACCAGAAAAAAAUUAGAAGGAAAAGUCCCAUUGUUUGGUUUUGUAGGAGCUCCUUGGACAUUAAUGAAAUUCAUGGUUGAAAAUGUUAGUGCUGGUCCAAAUCCUAAUAGAGCUAGAAGAUUUCUGGUAGAAUUCCCUGAAGCUGGUAAAAAGUUAUUAAAGAUAUUAACAGAUGCUGUUAUAAAUCAUUUAGUAUUACAAAUUAAAGCUGGUGCUCAGAUAGUCCAAGUAUUUGAUUCUUACGGUGGAGAAUUAGGACCAAAAUUAUUCAAUGAGAUGGAGUUACCUUGUUUAAAAAGAAUAGCCUUAGAAGUUCGUAAGAAACUGAAAGAAUCCAAUAUGGAGCCGGUACCAAUGGUAGUUUUUGCUAAAGAUGCCCAUUUUGCCAUAGAAGAUUUAGCAUCUAGUGGUUAUGAAGUUGUUGGUUUAGAUUGGACAAUAAGACCUACUCAUGCCAGACGACUUGCUGAAACAAAGGUUACUUUACAGGGUAAUAUGGAUCCUGUUAUGAUGUUUGCAUCAAAGGAUGAAAUAAGAAAAGGUGUUAAAGAAAUGGUACAGAAGUUUGGUACCCAACGUUAUAUUGGUAAUCUAGGACAUGGCGUUCUCAAAGAUACAGAUCCUGAUCAUUUAGGAGUAUAUAUUGAUGCUAUUCAUGAAUAUUCUGAAGAAAUGAAUGCAUCAGCAUAGAAUUAAGCUAUAUCUCAAGAUGACAUGGUAUAUAGGUUGUUCUAGUCAAAAGUAUCAUUAAGUGCUAUAGUCUUCUAAAUAAUUCUACUUUAUUAACUGAUAUUAACCAAGUUUCAGCCAUCUGUAUCACUUUUCAGAAAUUGUAUUUGGUUUCUUGUUAUCCAGCAAUUCAGUCUCUUGUUAUCCAGCAAUUCAGUUUCUUGUUAUCCAGAAAGUCAGUUUCUUGUUAUUCAGCAAUUCAGUCUUUUGUUAUCCAGCUAUUCAGUCUCUUGUUAUCCAGCAAUUCAGUUUCUUGUUAUGCAGCAAUUCAGUCUCUUGUUAUCCAGCUAUUCAGUCUCUUGUUAUCCAGCAAUUCAGUCUCUUGUUAUCCAGCUAUUCAGUCUCUUGUUAUCCAGCAAGUCAGUUUCUUGUUAUCCAGCUAUUCAGUCUCUUGUUAUCCAGCAAUUCAGUCUCUUGUUAUCCAGCUAUUCAGUCUCUUGUUAUCCAGCUAUUCAGUUUCUUGUUAUCCAGCAAGUCAGUUUCUUGUUAUCAAGCAAUUCAAAAACAAAAAAAUUCCCUUUUAGUCAUCACAUGUUACUGUUACUCAUAAUUCUAAAAAGUGGUAUGGAUAGCUGAAAUUAUAAUAAAUCAAAUAUUUAGACAGCUUAUCUCUUUAAACUAAUAAUUGUAUGACAUCAAAUGAAACGUAUCUAUGAUAAAAUCUAUUUACUAUUUCAAGUAUAUACAUUCUAAUACAAAAACAGACCAAAUUUUCAGGUUACUUCUCUAUGAUUACUUUAAAAUUGAAAGAUUUUUUUUUAUUAUGGUGAUAGGGGCUUGACAAAAAUUUUCAUUAGACUAAGCUCUCCCACUGUACUCAAUGAGUUAAGUGACCAUACCCAAGCUCUAAAGAAUGGCUCCAUAGUGCUGUAUUUAAAUUUAAAGGAUUAUUUUAAAUGGUGGUAAAAUUCCUAUUUUAUAUUUUUCUUGUAUGAUUUUUUUAAAAAGCUUUUUACUUUAUAUUCUAAUGCCAAUAAUCUCAUACAAAAGUAAAAAUAUAUAUUCAGAAUUAUAGGUCUGUGUGGUUGUGUUAGGUGAUUGUUUUGUCGUUGAAGAUUUGAAUUGACAUAUCCUUUUUAUGCAUUAUAUUAGAAAAAAAAAUCAAAAAUAAAACUGUAUUUUCUAUC